AACAAGAGAAAAGGAGAUCAUGGAGCUUUUCAAGAAGGUCCGAGCUCAGCUUCACGAAAGAGCUGCAGCCAAAGAAGAAAAGAAGAUUGAAACUUCACAAGGAAAAGGUAAAGAGAUGAAACAGUAGAUUCCCUGCUUAAGCUAUGAAGAAAACACUCAGUUGAACAAGGGGAGAGAAAAGACAGCAGUGGCAGCCCCAGGGACCAUAAUUUGGGUCACAGACAAGACAAUGGCUCCUACAAUGAAGAUAAAAGCUCUAGCUUCUUUGAAACAAACAGAGGCACAAGGAAUGAGACUAAAGAACGUCAUUCACGCAGUUUAAGCAGGCCAACAUCACAUUUCAGACGGAAGUCACCCAUCCCACAGGUGAAAUAUCAGUCCAUUUAAUCCAGUGAGGACACUGUCAAUUCUAUAUCACAAUUGAAUUCAAAUUGGAAGAGCAAAAUGAGUUCUGUUGAGUCACCCUCCGAAUCCGAAUAUGAGCCUGUAUCAGAGUCCAAUAUAGAGGAGGAACUGGACUCUGAAGAUGAGGCAGAGUUGGAGCCUGAGUCAAUCUAUCAAGAUUCCAAUGUGUUUGAUAAGGUAUCAGAAGCUGAGGCCUCUGAUAUCAAUGAUGCUGAUAAUGAUGUGGACGAGGACCAACAGAACAACAUUGAACAUGAAGAUUUGAGUGCAUUGAAGCUAACAGAACUCAGGGCACUUGCAAAAUCCCAUGGAGUAAAGGGGUACUCAAAGAUGAAGAAAGGCAAUCUGUGGGAGUUGCUAAGUAGUACCCAUUCUAAUUAGUAAUGCUGGAAAAAAGCCAAUGAACAGAAGAUUAAAAUUUUAAUGGCUAUGAAAAUCUCCUUCUGUUUUCCUAUACUGUCAGUGAAAUUUUGUUUACUUUACAUGUAACAUUAAUGUUUAAGAAAAGCUCUUUGUAAUCAUUUUGGGAAGACUGCCCAAGUCCUCCAACCAGUCAUUCUCUGAUUUCUGGAUCUUGGACUAGAAUCAUUUUAUGUGAGAUUGAAUUUGUCAGACUUGUUAGGUUUUUGUAGGCCAAUCAAGUUCUGGAAAUUAUGAUUACAGAACUAAUCAAUGAAUACAUGUUUU